AUGGAGUCGUGCGUGCCCAGUUCACGAACUACCGAUCGGUCGAAAGUUGAGUUGCUUCCUCACGGUGGCCUCAGUCUGUCUCGUUGUAGUACGUCCUGCAGUCCCAUGGGACCGUGUAGAGGAAUGUUAUCGACGGCGCGCAAAGCAAGUGCCCACGACGACUACGAUGCUUUGUCUAACGCUGUUUACCUGAUCCGUCCGACGCCCGGUUUCUGCGGUAUGCAGCGGGUGAUUAUUUACUUUCACGGUUCGUCGUGUGGCCAACCAUUCCUGAACUUUUCUCACCUGGGGGCUGAGGCACAAGUCAUGAACUCACCCGAAGUCGGUUUAUUUUGUUGUUGUUUUUAA